AAUUUGGAAAGCCAAAAGUCGGCCUUAGCUGAUAUACAGAAUUCGUGUUUCCUUCACAUCACAAAUCUUGUACAUGCAGAAGAAAUUGAUCAAAUCCAGCAAGAAGUAAAGCUAUAUAUAAACAGAUUUUGAAAGAAGUGGAGCAAAUGAGUUCGUCUUUUGCAGAAGCUUUUCCAGCAAUGCAGGAAACAUUGCUGGAGUUUCGUGCUGGUAAAAUGUUGUUGGAAGGGAAAAGGGUUGGACCUGAUACACGCAAAGGACUCAUUCGCAUAGCCAGGGGUGAGGAGGGACUGGUUCAUUUUCAGUGGCUUGAUCGAACUCAAAAUGUUAUUGAAGAUGAUCAGAUUAUUUUUCCUGAUGAGGCUGUUUUUGAGAAGGUUAAUCAAGCAUCAGGCAGGGUUUACAUAUUAAAGUUCAAUACCGACGACCGGAAGUUCUUUUUCUGGAUGCAGGAGCCAAAAGCUGAAGAUGACUCACAAUUAUGUAUCGCAGUCAAUAAUUUCAUCAAUCAACCAUUAGAACUUGGUGUAGAAGAGCCUGAUGCUUCUGAACCUUUGCAAGUGUCUGAAGACAUGGUUGAAGAUGAUAUUUCGUCAAGAGCUGGAAACUUGUCUGUUCCAAACUUAGGGGCUGAAGCAAUUAGUGAUGUAACCUCUUCAUCAGGGCCAGUUAAAUUGGAGGACUUGCAAAGAAUAUUGAGCAGUAUCGGGCCAGCAGCAGAGAUAGCUGGUGAUCCAGAUGGAGGCUUGGGGUUGGAUGAUAUUUUGAAGCCAGAUUUGAUACUUCCAUUGAUUGAGUCAUUGUCGUUGGAAGAGCGAUUAGCUUCAUAUUUACCUGAGGGUCAAUGGACACCAGAGGAUCUUUUAGAGUUGCUGCAGAGCCCUCCUUUCCGUCAACAAGUAGAUUCAUUUACAUAUGUACUUCGAACUGGACAGAUAGAUUUGUCUCAGUUCGGUAUCGAUCCAAGUAAAUACAAGUUCACCGUUUUAUCUUUUCUCGAGGCACUUGAAGAUUCCGUCUCCAAGUCCGGGGAAACGCAACAAGAUGACAAAGAUGUAAGACCUCAAUCAUGUAAUCGUAACGACCCCAUGGAUGAGAGCAAGUGAUGGAGGUAACUUCAUCCAUCAGGAUUCCCCUCACCGUCAUCGUUUUAUCAUAGGAGAGGAUAAAUGUCAAUCCCUGUUUUAAUUUAUUCUUCUUGGUUGAGAGUGUUCCGAGCAAAAAAGCAGAAAAAGGCAAUGAAGAAUAUAAAUUGCUUUUAUUGUGGUUCAAACUUUUUAUUGUAUAAUACAACCUGAAAAGAGAGAUUAUGUGGAAGAUUAAGUGGAUCAUUUACUGGUUUAUUAGGACCAUUUUCAAUACCUUCUGAACAUACACAAAAAGCAGUUUAAUUGGUGAAAACAUGUAAA